UGUGAGUUCUAAUAUGAAGCAAGGCAUAAAAGAAAAUUGUUUUCAGAUAAAUAUAAAAUGAACCAGGUUCUGCAGGAGUAUAACAGGGAGAAGAAGGAAAGAGAGCGAAUACAUAAAGAGGAGAAGAAAAUAAUGUUAUUACAACAAAAGAUGGAGAAUCUUGAGAGUCGGGAGAAGGCUUUCUUAAAGACUAUCAACACAGGGGAGUACUCUGGAACCACUGAUUCCAGCAUGGAUGUGGCUGAACUAACGGUCUAUAAUAUAGAAAACCUUUUCCAGAUUUGUAAAUCUAAACAGAAGCUUGAAUCCUUGGCUCUGAUGUACGGUAUAACAGCCUGGAAACAUGAGAAUGGUCAGAUACACUUCACUUUCGACCCUUAUAUCAGAGGACAACAUAAGGGAGCAUAUAUUAUCAGGAUGAUGCCAAAUCAAGGAAAGAUGAAUCUUUUAGGGCACUCCCUCCCACAUGCUGUACCUGUACAUAAACUGUACGCUAAAUACACAGAAGACGCGAGUAAGGAUUCGUCCAAGACUCUUGCAACAUUCUUGGACACUUCGUUCAGGUGGUCACAGGGGAUAAAAUCAGAAAAAUCGAACAUCUACUCUAAUUGA